AAAAAAAAAUACUGCUUUAAAUUUUGGGAUUGUCUUCUGGUUCCAUCUCUUACAUUUACAAGAAGACAUUCAUCAGUGACAUAUAAUGCAUUAUCUUCUCUGCAGGGUUGGGUGGAGCAGAGUUUAUCUUCUCCUCUUACCGAAGAUAAAAAGGAUCUGGAGAGCCUGGUGCUGCUUUCUAAAUGUUUGAAAAUCAUGGAAAAUGCUGCAUUCCUUAGUAGUGAUAAUGAGAGUCAUCUGCUAGAAAUGAAAGGGAAGUUGAAGUCUCGUGGAUCUCGACUGUCUUUUACGAAGCUUGUUAUAAGUGUAAUCAAGAUUCUCUCAGGGAUUUAUUGUAAGAGUUCUUGUGGAUCGUCAAGUACUGAAAAAGCUUGUGGUAAUUCUAAAGCAAUGGGUGCUGUUGGUGAAUUUGCUCUAACUGCUGAUUGUAAAGCAGUGGAUAGACAUGAUGUUAUCUACAUCAGUUGGUCUGAUAAAUCCUCUAGCAUUGAGUGGUUAUCUUAAAAGAGCUUCAAUACAUCUCAGAAUGAUCCAGGGCCUUCUACUCAAUGGUUGGGUCAUCAUGAACCCAGUUUUCAAACUGAAAGUGCUUCCAUGAAUGAUAGUCGUUUACUAAAGAUGAGAACCGGUUCUUCCUUGGCUAGCAAGCGAGGUGGCAAAUUAGGGAGUUCAUUUGAUGAAUUGCCUGGAACAAGCAAUGGUUCAAA